AUGGAUCGAGAUAAAGAAUUCAAUGGUGUGUUUGUUAAUUCCAACGGGUGUGUCAAUUGUUUUCCUAAUACCAAAAAAAAUAGUAGUAGUAUAUGGAUAAAAUUAAAUGUUGGUGGAAGAAUUUUUCAAACAACAAAACAAACAUUGUGUAAUGAUGUUAAUACAUUUCUUGCAAAACUUUGUAAUGGAAAUUUUCCAACAACAACUGAUAAUGAUGGUGCAAUUUUAAUUGAUCGUGAUCCUGAUUAUUUUAAUGUAGUUUUAAAUUAUUUACGACAUGGUAAACUUAUAAUAGAUAAAGGUCUAUCUGUUGAUGGAGUUUUAGAAGAGGCAGAGUUUUACAAUAUUCCAUUAUUGAUAGAACUUUGUUAUAAAAAAAUUAGUGAACAAAGUCGUAAACAAAAAGCCUCAAAAAAGCAUGUAUAUAGAGUUCUUCAAAGUCAUACUGAUGAAAUUACAAAUAUGGUAUCCGCAUUAAGUGACGGAUGGAAACUUAAACAAAUCUUGCCAGUUGGAUUGGGUUAUAUGAAUGAGAAUCAUGAUGAAUUUUUGUGUGUUGUUUCAAGAGAUUUACCAGAUAGUGAAUCAGAAAGAGAUUUUAUUGGUUCUGCUGAUAAAGCAUCGACAUUACAAGAAAAAGCUAGAAAUCAUUAA